AUGUCGGACUCAGACGUGGAGAAGAAGACAGAGUACCCGGACGAGAAGGCCUUCGACCAUGGCCACGGCCAGGUCGGCUUCGUCGACGACCACGGCGCCGACUCCAACCUCCAACGCCGCCUCAGCACCCGCCACAUCACCAUGAUUGCCCUUGGUUCCUCCAUCGGCAUGGGCCUCUGGCUCGGGUCCGGCAGCAGUCUAGCCUCCGGCGGCCCGGCAGGUAUCUUCAUCGGCUACGUCCUCUCCGGCACCAUGAUCUGGGCCGUCAGUCACUCCAUCGGCGAGAUGGCUGUCAUGUACCCUCUGCCGUCCGCUUUCGUGCAGUGGAGCAACAAGUUCGUCGAUCCGGCCGCUGGGUUUGCUCUGGGAUGGGCGUACUGGAUGAGCUACUGGAUCACUAUCGCCAAUGAGUUGCAGGCUGUCAACACCGUGCUGAGUUUCUGGACGGACGCUGUGCCUGUCGCCGCUUGGAUGACCAUCUUCUGGCUUGUCAUUGUGCUCGUGAAUGUCGGCGCGGUCAACUGGUUCGCUGAGAUCGAAGUCAUCUGCUCCAUGAUCAAGUUCGGCUGGAUCUUCGUCGUCAUCAUCGCCGGCAUCAUCAUCUCGGCCGGCGGCGCCCCCGGCCAUGGCCCCAUCGGCUUCCGCUACUGGAACCAAAACGCCUUCGCCAACGGCUUCAAGGGCUUCCUCUCCGUCAUGCCGACCUGCAUCUUCGCCAUGGCCGGGUCUGAGAACGCCGGCCUCGUCGCCGCCGAAACCGCCAACCCCCGACGUUCCGUCCCCAAGGCCGUCGGCUCCAUCUGGCUCCGUCUGAGCUUGUUCUACAUCAUGGGCAGCUUGAUCAUUACGAUUUGCGUGUCGCCGAACAACCCGGAUAUCUUUGGUGGGGAUGGCACGAAUGCUUCGCCGUUCGUUAUUGCGUUCCGUGAGGGUGGCGUGCCGGCGCUGGCGCAUAUGAUGAACGCUGUCAUUUUCAUCUCCGUGGUGUCGACGGGCAGUAUCUCCGGCUUCGGCGGCUCGCGAACCCUCUACGGUCUCUCCCAGAUCGGCAUGGCACCUCGCCAAAUGCAAAAAGCCGACUCCAAAGGCCGCCCGUGGUGGGCCCUGAUCCCCACCCUCCUCAUCGGCGGCGGCCUCUCCUACAUCAACGUCUCCUACACCGGCUCCGAGGUCUUCUCCUGGCUCUCCAACCUCACCUCCCUCUUCACCCUCUUCGGCUGGGGCAUGAUCUGCCUCUCGCACAUUCGCAUGCGGAAGGCGUGGUCGCUGCAAGGCCGCGACCCCGCCGACCUCCCCUGGACAACCUGGACCUGGCCCUGGGGCGCCUGGUGGGGCCUCUCCUGGUGCAUCAUCCUCAUCAUCGCCGAAUUCUACCUCGCCGUCUGGCCCCUCGGCUCCCCCCAAAGCGCCGAGCACUUCUUCUCCGUCUACGUCUCCGUCGUCGCCAUCGUGCUGUGCUACGUCGGGGCGAAGAUUUAUUAUCGCGGCAGGAAGUGGGUGGAUGUGGGGACGGUGGAUUUGGAUGAGGGGAGGAGAUUUUAUAAGGCGCAGGAGGUGGAGUAUGCGGUGGGGAAGGAGAAGGGGUGGAUGAAGAAGGGGGUAGAGGCGAUUUGGUCGUGA